AUAAUAAGGUGAUGAUGUCCAACUUGUUAAGUGAAUGAACUUGAUAUAUAAUGGGCCUAUCUUUCCAAGACGAACCUUUUAAAAAAUUGAAAUUUCCGAAAUUGGGAACAUGAGUCUAGCUGUCCAAUCCUUCGACUAAACUAUAAAAAUACCGGCAAAUUUUUUGAAACGGACGUAACCUAUCAUUCUCGAACAACUUUUAAAACUUUAUCGAUAUCUCAGGUACCUUGUUGGUGCCGAAUUAUCAUUAAAGAUAUCGGAAAUUUAUUUACCGAGUCCAAAGUACAAUAGAAAUAACUUUGCGCUUUAUAUCUUUUGAUUACAAUUUUAAAUGAUAAAAAUAAAUUAUACUCAAAUUCAACGCGCAAACCCAAAGUUGAAGAUUUCAAAGAAUACUGUUUAAGUAACCGCUGAAAUAUAAUAAUGAUUCGGUCAAAGUCAUGAAACUAUCAGGUGUUUAUAAGUGAUCUCUGAUAUAUAUAUUUUAUUAAUAAACAGGAAUGAUCAAAUGUCGAUUGAAUGAUAGUAUAUUUGUCUUUCCAAGGUUUGAGUGAAUUUUAUUUCAUUUUUGUCAUUCCUAACAGUUAAAUUUUUAUAUUAUUUUUAUUGAUAUUACUUCUUAUUACAAUGGAUAAUUCUCUCAUUAAAUCAUUGAUGAGGUCAACAAUAUUCCAAUUAUGUGUGGCAAUCACAUUUUUUACAUCUGGUUUAAUAAUAAAUUUUGUACAAUUGAUUUUGUAUUGUACUUUAAGAGUUUAUAACAAAAAAAUAUACAGAAAAGUCAACUGGUAUUUGUCUUACAGUAUAAAUGCACAGCUUGUUUGUCUGGCAGAAUGGUGGUCAGGUAGUAAAGUAAUAAUAUAUGUUGACAAAGGAGAUUUUGAAAAAUAUUAUGGUAAAGAACAUGGCUACUUGAUUAUGAAUCAUACCUAUGAAAUAGACUGGUUAUUAGGAUGGGUAAUUUUAGAAAGAUUUCGAUUGAUGGGGAAUGCAAAGGCCUACUGUAAGAAAGCUUUACAGUUCAUGCCAAUCUUAGGUUGGAACUGGAAAUUCUCUGAGUUUGUUUUUCUAGAAAGAAAUUUUGAUAAGGAUAAGAAAAACAUUGAUCAUCAAGUUGGAGAAUUAUGUGAUUAUCCUGAUCCUAUGUGGUUACUUCUCUAUCCUGAAGGCACCCGUUUCAAUGAAGAAAAGCACAAGGCUUCCGUUGAGUUUGCCCGUAAACACAACCAGCCAGAACUAAAGCACCACUUACUGCCAAGAACAAAAGGCUUUAUUGCUAGUCUUCCUGCUAUGAGAGGGAAAGUACCUGCACUUUAUGAUUGUCUUACUGUGUUUAAAGAAGAUGAUCCUGUUGAACCAACGAUGAGAAAUAUCAUGAAGGGAAAAUCUGUCACUGCCCAUUUGUAUUUCCGUAGAAUUCCAUUAGAAGAGAUUCCUGAAUCAGAAGAAGAGAUGGAUAAAUUUCUCAAAAAUCUUUUUGUUAUUAAGGAUAAAAUGAAAGAGGGCUUCCUUAAACAUGGAGAUUUUUUCAAAUAUACAGAAAACUUGCCACGUUAUGAACCCAUUGUAACAAAGAGACGGUAUUAUUCUUUGUUGAAUUCUUUGGGAUGGUCAUUUAUUGUGCUGAUCCCUAUGAUAAGCUAUAUUUUUAACUUAUUACUAAGUGGUCAGUUGAUUUAUUUUUUCACUGCUCUUGGAAUCAUAGGAAUAUUUUACUUCUUAUUGCAACAUUUAUUGAACAUGUCUGAUAUUAACAAAUCUUCUGCCUAUGGUACAAAUUCAAAAAAAAAGAAUUGAAGCCAAAUAACUAACAUUGAAGAUCAUAUCAGUUCUAGAGAUGUCAGGAAUAUUUGGGUAGCGUCGCACAAUAUUCUCAGUCUUUUGUAUCCAUUUUUAUAAAAAUAUUCAAUAUUUUGAAUAGAACGAUAAAAAACACCUGAAACAUUGGAAUGCUGUUAAAGAUUAUUUAAAUAAUAUAAAUUAUUGUAAGAGAAAGUCUGAAUGAUAAUUUGGUUGUGUAUUUCACUGCUGUGGUUCCUGAAAAUUUAGAAAUCAAUUAAAGCUUUUUGCAAUUUUUUGAAUGAAAUAUAUUUGAAUUUUUCAAUAAUUUUCAUUCAGAUGCAUCUCAUUUUUAAUAUACCUUAUAUGCUAUUUAAUGUGGAAGAUAUCCAAAGAAUAAGUUAUUCUAUUCAAUGGAUUUACACAGUCUUCCAUGCUUUUUACAUUCGUCAUUUUUAUAUACCUACAGAUGAUUAUUUUUAUCUAUUUCAAGCAAUAUACUUGAAUAAAUUAUGUUAUUGUUGA